AUGUGCUCAUUCAGCUGUUCUUGUUACAAGUGUGGGCCGAAAGCCAUCUGUACAGUGGUCAACCACGAGGCUAAAUGUAUAUGUCCACCAAAUACUAUCGGAGAUCCUUUCGAUGAGUUCUUAGGCUGUUAUGAAGAGCCUCCAAUUCUUGAGCCCAAAACUCCCUUACCUCCAACAGACUUGUCAGUCAUAUUUAAUAGAGUAGUUUCUGAUAGUCCUGAUAUAUUUCCUGUUCUCCAAGUCAUGUUUAAUGGAUUAGUUUCUGAUAGUCCUGAUACAAUAUUUCCUGUUCACCAAGUCAUGUUUAAUGGAUUAGUUUCUGGUAGUCCUAAUAUGAUAUUUCCUGUUCCCCAAGUCAUGUUUAAUGGAUUAGUUUCUGAUAGGCCUGAUAUAUUUCCUGUUCCCCAAGUCAUGUUUAAUGGAUUAGUUUCUGAUAGUCCUGAUACGAUAUUUCCUGUUCUCCAAGUCAUACUUCAAGGUUCUCUUCAUACCUGUGGAUUAAUUCAUGUUAAUGGUGAAGCCUCCUUUAUUCUAGUAAUACAAAAGCACCCAAGGUUGGUGACUGUCCGAGCAAGAGCCUAUCACAUCAAGUGCGUCUACAACACUGGAGAGAAAACCAUAACACUUGGCUUUAACGUCAGUAUGAUUACUACUUCGGGGACGAUUGCCAACACGGGUCCACCACCAACAUGUAAAAUGACCAUUGUCAGUAAUAAUGGACUAGAAAUUUCAAGUGCAGAAAUUGGAGAAGACUUACUUCUUAGAGUUGAUGUACAACCAGACUAUAUCUACGGUGGCUUUGUACGUAGCUGUGUGGCCAAGACGAUGAACGAUGAUGAAGAAGUACAGUAUGAAGUGACAGACGAUAAUGGCUGUGCCACGGAUCCAUCUAUAUUUGGUAACUGGAGGUACAAUCCAGAGACUAAAGUUUUAUUGGCAACCUUUAAUGCAUUCAAGUUUCCCGCAAGCAACAACCUUCGCUUCCAGUGUAAUAUCAGAGUUUGUUUUGGCUCUUGUCCUGCCGUGUACUGUGAUGGAGUUGAUGCUUUUGGCAAGAGACGGAAGAGACAAGCUGAUGAGCAACAAGUAUUUCUUGGGGACAGCUUCAGAGAAGGUGAACUACGAGAGGAAAUUCAAGUACAGUCGAAUGCAAUCCUAACUCUAGAACCGAAAGAAGAGAAAGUGACUAAACCAACAGAAG